AUGACAACAAAGGCCCUGCCUCCUGAAGCAUGCCAUCGAAUCGUCCAUUGGACACGUCGAUGCGAUCUCACUGCAUUGUGCCUGACCUGCAAGUCGCUUCAGAAAGAUGCAGAGAUCAAGCUAUACGAGAUUAUCAUGUCCGGUGACAUCUCGGUCACUUUUCGAGCCUGCGAAAGUAUCAUAUCGCAGGAGCGUCUGGGCCCAUACGUCCGCUCCUUCUAUGUCUACCAAAAUUCAAGGCGCACUCAAACAGAGCUGCCUCCUCGCUUCUGGCACAUGGUCCAGAAAGCGCUUUCGAAAAUGCGUUGUCUGGACAUGCUCUACAUCGAUGAUCCAGCCCGUGCUAAUACUUGGGUUUUGAGUGAUAUCCCAAAAAUUCCAUUUCAGCUCCGAGAAGCAAACUUUCGCCUUCCGUGGAAUCAACACCUCGUAAAGUUCCUGGAGAGCCAGAACAAGCUGAGGCAAUUCCAAAUAUCGGGUGGCCUAGAUGAAGAUGCCCCACAAUUUGAAGCUGGUAGCUUGCCUGAGCUGUGCACCUUCGAUGGGCAACUCCCUUUAGCCACGCAGCUGCUUUCUCUCCCAUGUGGCGUUCACCACCUUCGCAUACCUUUGGAUAGAGACACUAACAAGAAACUUUUGGAUUUUAUUCCCCAUCUUGCUGUCCUCUCUCCAACCCUUCGCUCACUAAACGUCAUUCAUGUACCCGAGGAAUUGUCAGUGGAAACGAUCAAGCUCAUAUCCUCCGUGUGCCCUGACCUUCAUUACCUUGGGAUUAUUCCAUUACCAAUGACGUUUCCCCACCGCAGCGUAAUUCAUGACGCUCUUUUGGCUAUGCAUAACCUACGAGAUCUCGAGGUCGAUGUAUCUCGAUGGUCACCUCUGCCUAAUACAAGCUCCCUGCAACGCAUGCUCACGACUGAACUCCACAUAUACUGCCCUUCUAUAGAGCACAUCAUUCUCCGCACGGGAACCAAUCGAACAUUGUGGUAUUUUGACGGAAAUGAGUGGAAUGUUCACUCGGAAAACGGGCAGCACUUGCUCAUCGAUGGAUUAUGGAAAACUAGAUGA